AUGACGGGGCGAGCCAGAGCCCGAGCCCGGGGAAGGGCCCGCGGUCAGGAGACCGUGCAACAAGUGGGGGCAGCCGUGGGUCAGCAGCCUGGGUUUAUUCAGCCGAGACCUCAGCCGCCUCCAGCAGAGGGGGAGUUGGUUGGUCGAGGACGGCAGAGAGGAGCAGUUGGAGCCACAGCCAAGUCGCAAGAACUCCAGAUAUCUGCUGGGUUUCAGGAGCUGUCUUUGGCAGAGAGAGGAGGGCGCCGCAGAGACUUUCAUGACCUGGGUGUGAACACAAGACAGAACCUAGACCAUGUCAAAGAAUCAAAGACAGGCUCCUCAGGCAUCAUUGUGAGGCUGAGUACCAACCACUUCCGGCUGACCUCUCGUCCUCAGUGGGCCCUGUACCAGUACCACAUAGACUACAACCCUCUGAUGGAGGCCCGCAGGCUGCGCUCCGCGCUGCUCUUCCAACAUGAAGAUCUCAUUGGGAGGUGUCAUGCUUUUGAUGGAACAAUAUUGUUUUUACCUAAAAGACUACAGCACAAGGUCACUGAAGUUUUCAGUCAGACCCGGAAUGGAGAGCAUGUGAGGAUAACCAUCACAUUGACAAAUGAGCUCCCACCCACCUCACCCACUUGUCUGCAGUUCUAUAAUAUCAUUUUCAGGAGGCUCCUGAAAAUCAUGAAUCUGCAACAAAUUGGACGCAAUUAUUAUAACCCAAGCGACCCAAUUGAUAUCCCAAACCACAGGUUGGUGAUCUGGCCUGGCUUCACUACCUCCAUCCUUCAAUAUGAAAACAACAUCAUGCUGUGCACAGACGUCAGCCACAAAGUCCUCCGAAGUGAGACUGUGCUGGACUUCAUGUUCAACCUGUAUCAUCAGACAGAGGAACACAAGUUUCAAGAACAAGUUUCUAAAGAACUCAUAGGUUUAAUUGUUCUUACCAAGUACAACAACAAAACAUAUAGGGUGGAUGAUAUUGACUGGGACCAGAAUCCAAAGAGCACCUUCAAGAAGGCAGACGGCUCAGAGGUCAGCUUCCUGGAGUACUACCGGAAGCAAUAUAACCAGGAGAUCACAGACCUGAAGCAGCCGGUCCUGGUGAGCCAGCCCAAGCGGCGGCGGGGCCCUGGGGGCACACUACCUGGCCCCGCCAUGCUCAUCCCUGAGCUCUGCUAUCUCACAGGUCUGACUGACAAGAUGCGCAAUGACUUCAACGUGAUGAAGGACCUGGCAGUGCACACACGGCUGACGCCUGAGCAGCGGCAGCGUGAGGUGGGCCGCCUCAUCGACUACAUCCACAAAGACGACAACGUUCAGAGGGAGCUCCGAGACUGGGGCCUGAGCUUCGAUUCCAAUUUGCUGUCCUUCUCAGGAAGAAUUCUGCAAACAGAGAAGAUUCACCAAGGAGGAAAAACAUUUGAUUACAACCCACAGUUUGCAGACUGGUCGAAAGAAACAAGAGGUGCACCACUAAUCAGUGUGAAGCCACUAGAUAACUGGUUGUUGAUCUAUACUCGAAGAAAUUAUGAAGCAGCCAAUUCACUGAUACAGAAUCUAUUCAAAGUCACUCCAGCCAUGGGUAUACAAAUGAAAAAGGCAGUGAUGAUUGAAGUGGAUGACAGGACAGAAGCUUACUUACGAGUCCUGCAGCAGAAGGUCACUUCAGACACGCAGAUAGUGGUAUGUUUGUUGUCAAGCAACCGGAAGGACAAAUAUGAUGCUAUUAAAAAGUACCUGUGCACAGAUUGCCCCACCCCGAGUCAGUGUGUGGUGGCCCGAACCCUCGGCAAGCAGCAGACUGUCAUGGCCAUCGCCACUAAGAUCGCCCUGCAGAUGAACUGCAAGAUGGGUGGCGAGCUCUGGAGGGUGGACAUGCCUCUGAAGCUGGCGAUGAUCGUUGGCAUUGACUGUUACCAUGACACCACAGCGGGACGGAGAUCAAUUGCAGGAUUUGUCGCCAGCAUCAAUGAAGGGAUGACCCGCUGGUUCUCCCGCUGCGUCUUUCAGGACCGAGGACAAGAGCUGGUAGAUGGGCUCAAGGUGUGCUUGCAAGCUGCGCUGAGGGCAUGGAACACCUGCAAUGAGUACAUGCCGAGCCGCAUCAUUGUGUACCGGGACGGAGUGGGCGAUGGGCAGCUGAAAACGCUGGUCAACUACGAGGUGCCACAGUUCCUGGACUGUCUCAAGUCUGUUGGUAGAGGCUACAACCCGAGACUGACAGUGAUUGUGGUGAAGAAACGUGUGAAUGCCAGGUUCUUUGCCCAGUCUGGAGGAAGACUCCAGAACCCCCUCCCUGGAACCGUCAUCGACGUAGAGGUUACCCGGCCAGAGUGGUACGACUUCUUCAUCGUCAGCCAGGCUGUGAGGAGCGGGAGUGUGUCUCCCACACACUACAACGUCAUCUAUGACAGCAGUGGCCUGAAGCCGGACCACAUCCAGCGGCUCACAUAUAAGCUCUGCCACAUCUACUACAACUGGCCGGGCGUCAUCCGAGUCCCUGCACCUUGCCAGUAUGCACACAAACUGGCCUUCCUCGUGGGCCAGAGCAUCCACCGGGAGCCCAACCUGUCCCUGUGCAACCGCCUCUAUUACCUCUGA